CCGCGCCGCGCAGAGCCCCCGCCGGGACCGGAGCCAUGGGCCGCGCGCCAGGCUGGGCGGCGGCGGCGGCGCUGCUGCUCGGGCUGCUCGCGGAGUGCACAGAAGCCAAAAAACAUUGCUGGUAUUUUGAAGGUCUCUAUCCAACAUAUUACAUAUGCCGCCCCUACGAGGACUGCUGUGGCUCCAGGUGCUGUGUGCGGGCUCUCUCCAUACAGAGGCUGUGGUAUUUUUGGUUCCUGCUGAUGAUGGGUGUACUCUUCUGCUGCGGAGCUGGCUUUUUCAUCCGGAGGCGCAUGUACCCUCCGCCGCUGAUUGAUGAGCCUGCAUUUAAUGUCUCCUACACGAGACAGCCCCAGAACGCUGCUCCAGGCACACAGCCCCCAGUGCUUCCCUACUACACAGACCCUGGAGGACCAGGCAUGACUUCUGCUGGCAACCCCAUGGCAAUGGCUUUCCAGGUUCAGCCACAUUCACCCCAGGGAAGUACAGCCUACCCACCGCCCCCUUCCUACUGCAACACUCCUCCACCUCCCUAUGAACAGGUGGUGAAGGACAAGUAAAGGAUGCUGAUGGUGCCCACCUGUGUGACAGUACAGGGGACACAGGGCGAGGCUUGGCCCCUUGGCUCCCUGUUUUUGUCUUGUCUGCUUUCAGGAACAUCUUGUGAGCCACUGAGGCCGAUGUCUUCAGUCAUCAGAGCCAACUUGCCCCCCUGUGGAGCCAGUGUUUGCAUUUACUCUGUGUCUCCCUGUUGCUUGUUUCUGCUGUAGUCUUUGUGCUAGUUGGAAAUGGACAGAGUCCAGAAAAUCCUCUCAAAUGGGUGCCUAGACCCCCAAUAGAGACUUGGAGGUGAAAGAGAGUGUCCUGAAGGAGUCUUGUAGGUGUGCUAGGCUGCCACUAGCCAUCAAGGAAUGGAACUGAAGGGAGACGACCUGGUGCCCAGUGAGGCCUGUGGUCUUGUCAGUCUUUCCCUCUAGAAGCCUUUAGAAAUGCUUCUAGGCACUUCUAUGUCUCCACCAGCUUCGUGAAGAGGAGGGAGACUUCUUUCCAGCUGCGCCUUGCCUUUACCUGUCAAGAUGUGAAUCCAGCAUUAGAUCCGACUGGCUGUCUACAGACAGUCACCUGAAAACCACUGAGGAAAAUUACCGACUUUCAUGAAAAUUGCUCUCCUGCCCCACACCAGGACCUAGCAUUUUAUGAGCUCUUGAUGGAACCAGAAAAGAGAAAUACUGGCUUUUUGUAGUGUGUGUGGAGUCCUGUCCUCAGAGAGGGCUUGGAUUCUCUCCUGUGUGUCACCCAGAUGUUCCCCAUACCCUUCCCUGAAGAAGCUCCAUGCGGGGUCUGAGGGUGCUGGACACCCUGAAAGCCAGGAAGUCAAAUCAGCAUUAGUGUCCCUGCAGGUCUUUGGUGUAUGUUUUGAUUUCAACAGGUGAGGGCUCUGAGAAAACUGACAGGAAGGUAGCAUCGUCUAGGCCCAGAACUGCAGGUUAGUCUCUCAAAAGUGCUAAAACAUCAAUGUCAUCAAAGCCAGAAAGAAGAGGCCAAAAGUGCAAUUGCUGGUUUAAAGACUGUCUCAUCCCAGAAGCUCACAGCUAGUUACAGGUCUGGGCUGUAAGCUGAGAAGGUAGUUGGUAGUGUUGGUCUUGUAUUUAACCCGGCGAAGACCGGACAGGCACAGAAAGUGCACAGUAACAUAGAUCCCUAUGUGUGUUGUUGUGGGACAGGGUGGGGGAUUAGGGCAGAGAGGGGAGGGGCUACAUUUUCAACAAAUUAAUCAGAACCUCUUAAAAAAUUGUGACUCCUUGAAUUUGAGCAAUAAGUGUCUGACUGAGGUGGAUAGUGGAUUUUUUCAUCCCUUUAGAUCAGGAUGCUGGUAUCCUGCUUUACUGGGAUAGCAUUUGAGGGAGCAGGAAGAAGUCGAGGAUGAGGUCAGAGCUUCUAUUCGACUUAACUUCCUCAACGGACAGAGAAUCUGGGAUCCCCACAGGCGCUUCCUUGGGAAAUGCCCUUGGAAACAAUACAUGCUGCUGUCGGGGCUUCAGCCAUCCAAAGAUGACCUCUGAAGCCCUGUUCCCACUGCUGUGUCUUUGAUUCAUAUAUGGGACAACAAAGCACAAUAUUUGCUGUUUACAACCAGGGACAAUGACAUGGGUCCAAAAACGUUCCUCCUCCAGGUCAUUUGUUAUGCCUUUUUAGUUCCAAUUUCACCCUUCACUUUUUUAAUACAAAAGCACACUCAGGCUGCCCCCAGACUCCAUCCAGGCACUGCUGAAGAGCACCCAAAUGUCCACUCCCAAAUCUUGUUUCUCUUUUUGAUAGAAAAUGUUCUUAAUGGACUUGACACUUUGAGGUAGCAUUCUACCAUUUUAUAUGCCCACAUUUGUCUAAGAUGAGCUUGAUUUCCCCUUGAACCUGAGUGAGAACCCUGCUGCAGUGAACACUCAUGUUGUAUGUGGAAAUUACACUGGGGUGACAUUUCCAAGCAUUCUCAUGCCCUCUGUGCUGCUGUAGGUGGCGCCCAUCUGUCUCCUAGAGGAAGUUGGCUUCCAUGUAUCUCAAGUGCUUAGGUGUAAACUUGGAGCAGAUCCAUGCAUGUGUUUUCUCUGUGACACUUGGCUCAUUCCUCUCUUUUGUUCUUUUUUGAUUGAGUCCUGUUUCCUGUGUAUAAAAAAUAAAAAUAAAUUUGGGUGUG